UCUCAGGUGCUUUGGUUUUUUUUCCUCUCAGUCUGUUCGGACUUUUCUAAAUUUGCUGGACUCACACCUCCUCCUCCUCCUCCUCCUCCUCCUCCUCUCUUUGAUUUCACAUCAUAAAUGUAGUGUAUGUUUCACAAGAAGUAAAAAUGAAACAAGAUAGAUAGAUAGAUAGAUAGAUAGAUAGAUAGAUAGAUAGAUAGAUAGAUAGAUAGAUAGAUGUCUUGUUUGAUUCAUAAUCUCAUGACAAAAAUGAGCAAAGUACUCAGCAAACUGAUCAAAAAAAUAAGUAAAAUCAUCAAAACUGAAGAAAAGUAUCUAGGAGAUGAACAAACGUGAAAGAACAGAAUGAAGAAAAUAAUAAAAUGGACAAAAAUAGGAAAUAAUCAACAAAAUGAAGAAAAAUUGUACUAAAACUUACUGGACUCACCCUCCUCCUCCUCCUCCUCCUCCUCCUCCUCCUCCUCCUCCUCCUCCUCCUCCUCGUUCUCCUCCUCCUCCUCCUCCUCCUCUCUUGUCUUCAUCAUGUCAAUUAAAGCCUGUCUGCAGCCUAGACUCCUCCUCCUCCUCCUCCUCUUCUUCUCUUCAUUUCUCUGCAGUAGUUCAGGUCUUCAGUCCUCAGACCUUCACAGCUCCAUCCUCUUCUCCUCUUCAGUCUUUUUCUUUUCUUUCUUCUCAGUCAUGUUGGACACACUCACCUUCCUCCUGGAGAAACUCUUCCUCAUCGCCCACAUCCGUCUGUCCAGCCUUCUGCCGCCUCUCCCCAGACGCUCUGACCGGGAUGAGUCUGCUCCAACUCCGGCUCCUCAGAGGUUCCAGCGGGGGGACCUGCUGGAGGUUCCCCGGACUCUGUUCACUCACUUCGGCAUCUACCUCGGCGACAACCGGGUGGCGCACCUGAUCCCGGACAUCCUCCCGGCUCUGACCGCGGACAGCCUCCAGAUCCAGGAGAUGGUGACCAACACCCGGCUGCUCCUGGGGGUGCUCUCCAAACGCGCCAGCAUCAGAGUGGACUCCGUGGAGGAUUUCGCGUACGGGGCCGGGAUCCUGCUGAACGCCAUGGACCGGGCUGUGCGCCGGAGCCCGCUGUCCGGGGAGGAGGUGGCCCGGCGGGCGGAGAGGCUGGUGGGAUCCGUGUCCUACAGCCUCCUGUGGAACAACUGCGAGCACUUCGUCACCUUCUGCCGCUACGGGAACGCGCAAAGCCUGCAGACCGACAAGUUCUGCGAGUGGCUGAAGUCACUGAUCCGAGACCAGAGGAUGGUCCUGCUGACGGCGCUGCUGGGCCUCCUGUCCAUGGUCUGUUUGGGAAUAUCCCCCAGCACCGCCCUGCCCACCCUCCUCAUCCCCUUCACCCUGUGGAUGGCCAGCUAGAAGCCCCGCCCACCAACACCCAUGGUCCAAUACAACAUAACGGAAGUAGUUUACCUGCAAAAUCAUCAUUUACCUUUUUCUAAACAUUGACAAUGAAACACCAAAAAAAUGCUGAACAUACAUGAAAUUAUCUAGGAAUUAGGAGAACAAUCGGGAAUAUGUUUGACUCGGCCACCGGCAUAGAAACGAACGGAGGUUAAAGCAGGAGACGAUUGGUGUAGAUGAUGUUCAACUACAGACGUGACCUCUGCCUGUUAUUGGCUAAUACAUUAUUAGUCAUAUCUUACUUAAGACUUCCACAAUAAUGCAACAAUCAAAUAUUGAACACCAUGUAAUUUGGUAACUGCUGACCCAGACGUUUUUUUUUUAAGGUUUAGACAAAGUUUACUGGAUUUGUUUAAAGCGGUCACUACUCAAGUACUGCACUUGAACAUUAAAUUGGGUUCCUAUUUUUGAUACUGAGGAAUAAGUUCAAAGUGAGAUUUAGAUUUUUACAU